AUGGUACCAAGUGUUAUGAACCAACAGCUUAUUCAAGAAACACAUGAACACUUCGGACACGCAGGGACAUAUAAAACAUAUGAAGUGCUCCGACAUAAUUACCAACUGAAGAAUAUGUAUCGAGCAGUGAAGCGCAUUACCAAAUCAUGUGACCUGUGUCAACGGAGAAAAAUUAAUAAUCAACUGUCCAGGGGACCAAUACUAUCUAAUAUACCCGAAGGACCCAGACAUACGGUUUCGUUGGAUCUGAUGGGACCACUUCCCAAGGGGCAGUUUGGUGCAAAAUAUAUAUUGGCAAUAAUUGAUAUUUUUUCUAAAUAUAUCAAACUAUACGCACUUCGGCGAGCCACUACAGAAAAUAUAUUGAAAAAAAUAACAAAAGAUUAUAUGCCGAAGUACGGACCGGUUAAGCAAAUACUGACCGACAAUGGUACUCAAUUCAACAAUACCAAGUGGUAUGAUCGGUUACAAUACAUGAGAGUGAAACCAUUAUAUACUACCACAUAUCAUCCUGAGAGCAACCCCGUGGAGAGAGCUAACAGGGAAAUCGGUAGAAUAUUGAGGACAUACUGCCACGCCAAACACACUAGUUGGGUACAAUGGCUACACACAAUCGAAUUUUGGCUCAAUAAUACAACGCACGAAUCUACAGGAUACACACCUCAACAAAUUAUGUGUGGAACCCGCCAUAAGCUUACGAUUGACAAAUUAAUAGAUUUCCCAAAAGAAGCGGACGCAACUUCAGAGAUGAUCAUAUGCGAAUUAGUGAAAAAACGUUUGAAAAAAUGCGCCCAACAAAGAAAUCAAACCAAAGAUAAGAACAAAAGAUUUAUCACCUAUCAACCAGGACAACAGGUGUUAGUCAAAGAACAUCGGCUAUCAUCUGCAGAAGACAAAACUAUACAUACAUUUUUCCUACUAUAUCGUGGACCAUAUGAUAUAGUUGAAGUAAGAGGAAAUAACACCGUUACAAUCAAAUUGGAGUCAGGUCAAACGCAAAUGCACAAUAUGAAAAAUGUCAAACUAUAUGUUCCUCCAGACCCCGGAGAGGGCGUCAUGAACAUCAACCACUAG